CACGGAGUUAGAAGAAGAAGAAGAAGAUGAGGAGAGUUUUCGGCGCGAAGAAGAACACAGAGCCACCUCCGUCCAUUCAGGAUGCCUCCGAUCGGAUAAAUAAAAGAGGAGAUUCGGUAGAAGAUAAGAUAAAGAAGCUUGAUAUUGAGCUCUGCAAAUAUAAAGAACAGCUUAAAAAGACAAGACCUGGUCCUGCUCAAGAAGCUGUCAAAGCUCGUGCUAUGAGAGUUCUCAAGCAGAAGAAAAUGUAUGAAGGACAACGCGACAUGCUCUAUAAUCAGACGUUCAAUCUCGAUCAAGUUUCAUUCGCCGCUGAAGGACUCAAAGAUGCUCAACAAACUAUGACGGCACUAAAAUCUGCGAACAAGGAGUUGAAAGGAAUGAUGAAAACCGUAAAGAUUCAAGAUAUUGAUAAUUUGCAAGACGAGAUGAUGGAUCUGAUGGAUGUGAGUUCUGAAAUUCAAGAAACACUUGGUAGAAGCUACAAUGUUCCUGAUGGCCUUGACGAAGAUGACCUCAUGGGAGAGCUUGAUGCUCUUGAAGCUGACAUGGGAAACGAAACCGAAGCAGAUGGAAUGCCUUCUUAUCUCCAACCUGAUACAGAAACUGAUUACGAUAACGAGCUUAACUUGCCUGCAGCACCAACAGGACGCAAUGGAGCUCAACAGGGAAGAGUUCAGGCUGAGGACGAAUUUGGAUUACCAGCAGUGCCACGAGCUUCUCUCCGGGAUCGGAGCAAGCGACCAUGGAAAUUCUCCACCUUCGUCUACUCUUCAUCGAUCUUAAUCCUUCUUCUUUCGAUAUUCUUACUCGGAUUCACUAAUACCGAUCUCUACAAAGUCCAAAGUCUGAGAUUCACCUUCACUGCGAACCGCAUCUAUAGCUAUCUUCAAUUCCUUCUAAGCUUUCACGAUGGAACUCCCAAAUCCGAAACCCUAGACCCAGCUUCGUCUACGUCGCAUUGCGUGUUAUGGAUGGCUCCUUUUCUCUCGAGUGGUGGUUACAGCUCAGAAGCUUGGUCUUACAUUUUAUCACUUCAUAACCAUCUCACAAACCCUAAAUUUCGAAUAACCAUUGAGCACCAUGGUGAUCUAGAAUCAGUGGAGUUUUGGAAUGGUUUAGCUAAGGAGACUAAGGAGCUAGCGAUUGAAAUGUACAGAACACAAUGUAGACCCAAUGAGACGAUCGUUGUUUGUCAUAGUGAGCCUGGUGCUUGGUAUCCACCAUUGUUCGAGACUCUUCCUUGUCCUCCAACUGGUUACGAAGAUUUCUUAUCUGUGAUUGGUAGAACAAUGUUUGAGACUGAUAGAGUCAAUCCUGAGCAUGUCAAGCGAUGUAAUCAGAUGGAUCAUGUUUGGGUUCCUACUGAGUUUCAUGUCUCUUCGUUUGUACAAAGUGGGGUUGAUUCAUCUAAGGUUGUCAAGAUUGUGCAGCCUGUAGAUGUCGGUUUCUUCAAUCCUUCAAAGUAUGAGCCUUUGGAUCUGAUGGCAGUUGGGGAUUUGGUUUUGGGUUCUGGAAUGAAGAAUGCGGGUUUAGGGUUUGUGUUCUUGAGUGUGUUUAAGUGGGAGCAGAGGAAAGGUUGGGAUGUGUUGUUGAAGGCUUACCUGAGAGAGUUCUCUGGUGAAGACAAUGUUGCUCUGUUUUUGUUGACAAACGCGUAUCACUCGGACAGCGAUUUCGGGAACAAGAUUCUUGAUUUCGUAGAAGAAUUGAAUAUAGAAGAGCCUCGAAAUGGUUACCCUUUUGUGUAUGUGAUUGAUAAACACAUUGCUCAAGUUGAUUUGCCUCGGUUGUACAAAGCGGCUGAUGCGUUUGUGUUGCCUACAAGAGGAGAAGGAUGGGGACGACCGAUAGUGGAAGCAAUGGCAAUGUCUUUGCCUGUGAUCGCAACAAACUGGUCAGGACCAACGGAGUAUCUGACAGAGCAGAAUGGUUACCCGUUGGUGGUAGAGGAGAUGAGCGAAGUGAAGGAAGGUCCUUUUGAAGGGCAUCAAUGGGCUGAGCCAUCUGUAGAUAAGCUUAGGGUUCUAAUGAGGCAUGUAAUGAGUAAUCCUGAUGAGGCUAAGGUUAAAGGAAACCGUGGAAGAGACGACAUGGUCCAGAAGUUUGCUCCUGAGGUUGUUGCUAAAGUUGUAGCGGAUCAAAUAGAGAGAAUCUUUGAUGAGAAAAUAAAAACAUGACAGGAAUAUCACACUUUGCUUAGAU